UGGAUCAUUCGCUGGGAGCUGCAGAGGGAGGCGGUGUUUCUGUGUGUCGCGGAGGGUCUGGAGCUCCACUCUCUCGUGAACUUCUCUCCUCAGUGUCCGCCUCUUGAGGACUUUCCCCCGGCUUCUGCACAGAGUUCGUCCCGCUGAUCCGCCGACAUGGCUCUCCGCUGUUCCUCCCUCCCUGCCCCCCCCCCCCACAUCAUGCCCAUCCUCAAAAACCUCCCAGUGCGCCUGAAAGGCGGCGGUCCGACUCUAGAAAACGCUUGGAUCCUGCGCAGGAUGAGCCUCAACAUCACCCCCCACCAGCACAACCCCUUCGACAACGACGAUGACGGCCUCCAGGGGAACGGAGAGCGAUGGUCACCCGGUGGCUCGCUGCUGGACGGGGACGUGCAGCGAGACCGCAACCCGUUCGAAGACGAGGAGGACGAGAACGAGGCCAACGAGGGUAAGAAGGGAAGUGGAGGCGGAGGUGGAAGUUCGGGGAAGGGAUCGUUCAAGUUCAAAUCCCCGCUGAAGUCUCUGGGGAAGCUGGGGAAGAACCUGAGGAUGUCGGCGAGGAGCAAAGGAAGUGCAACGCCGUCGCCCCAGGGGUCGCUGCAAGGAACGCCUUCCCCUGCAGAGAAGAAGAAGAGGGGGAGGAGGAGCUCCGAGGGAAGCCUGCUGAGGUUUGCCGGGAAGUACCGCGACUCCCUGAGCUCUCGUAAGGAGUCGUUCACUAAUGGAGAGACGAACUGCGCCGACAGCGAGGGCGACUCCACCAGCCGACGCUCCUUCAUGAAGAUGGUCGGCCUGGGGAAGCUGAAGAGGGAGUCCAUGAACGACCACUCGUCCCUGGGCCCCGAGGAGCAGCCGGUGCAGGAGGAGGUGGUGGAGGAGGUCAAGCCCAGAGAGCCACUGUCAGUGCUGGAGAUCCUGCAGCUGGUGAAGGGGCGGGACCUCCUGCUGGCCGACAGCCACAUCCUGGAGCUGGAGACGGAGGUGAGCGGGGGGGCGGAGGCGGAGGACGGCGGGCGGAGGAAGGCCAAGGACGUGGAGCUGCUAUACGAGGAGCUGCAGAAGGAGCUGUGGGCCGUGGUGAAGGAGUCCCUGCGCUGCCCCACGGCGGGGCCCAACCUGGGGCUGGUGGUGCAGGUGCUGCAGCAAGAGGAGCAGGCCGACAAGGACUGGGCCGUCAGCGAGGUGGCGGCCCCCGGGGGUCCGAGGCCACGCAACCUGAAGCAGCGCUGGGGGGAGGCCGUGAACGAGGCGGCCGACGGCUCCCUCCCCCAGAAGGCCGAGUUCACCGCCGGGGAGCUGGCGGGGUAUCUGGACCGGAUCCGGGCCCGAGUGGUGGAGGACCUGGGGGCCGCCAAGAGGAACGUGGUGUCCAUCUACCCCGAGGAGUACCAGCCCUUCUUGGUGUACGUGCAGAGCUACCACCAGGCGGUUGCCAGGCGACUGGAGGCCAUCACCGACAACCAGCUGGAGAUCACCGACAUCUACUCGCUGCUGGACUGGCUGCACAACAUCUACAACAGGGAUGUUCUGGGGACCGUGUGCAUCACCAGCCCCUUCAGCCGGUCCCAGCUCAGCCCCCUGCUGCCCACAGAGACUGUGGACCGGCUGGAGCUGGAUUGCCUCAACUCCGUCAGGGCCACAGUGACCACGGAGCUGAACCAGGUCUUGGACGAGGAGGAGAAGAGGUGGAUGGAGACGCUGCACAUCGAAGAGUUCCAGAUCACGCUCGCCAAGACCGUCAUACAGCGGUUGCAGGUGGAUCUGGAGCGGUCCGCCUCCAUCAACAGGAGUCUGGGAUCCAAAGUGGCUCAGUGCAGCCUCAACGGCCUGGCAGACUUCCUGUACAGUUUCCAGCGUAAAGGGGAGAUGUUUCACGAGGGGAUGCAGAGCGGCAUGUUCGGAGACAACCAGGACGGAUACGUGUCCAAAACCAUCGCGCUGGUCAACUGCUGCCCCCCCUUCAGGGGGUUCGUGCAGCGCUGUGCUCAGUGCGAUCCAUCCGUCAGCGAGGACUCUCUGAGACGGGCCAACAAAGCCCUGGAUCACAUCGUGCAGCUGGGAGUCCGAGUGCUUUCUGAACGCCUGUACCUGCACAUCAGGCCGUUCUUCGAGCGCCUGGUGAAGAGGAAGUGGCUGAGCAACACGGAGCCAUACGAGCAGAUCGAGGCGCUCAUCAAGGAGCAUUUCAAGAAGUACCACCGGAUGGACAGUCCUCCGUACCAGCUGCUGGUGGCGGAGGUGCACCGGCGGGUGGUGAUGGAGUAUCUGCGCUCCGUGAUGCGAGGACGGAUCAUCUGCACCUCCAUGAAGAUGAGGAAGAGGAUGGCCGGCCGCCUCCGGGACGAAGGCAAACAGAUCAAAGUCCUCUUCAAAGACCUGGAGUCUCCGUCCUGCUGGCUGGACAGCGCCAUCACUCGCAUCUCAGAGAUCAUCCAGCUAGAGGACGUGCCCUCCAUCCAGAUGGAGGUAGGGGUCCUGGUCCGGGAGUUCCCAGACGUCAGGAAGAAGCACGUGUCGGCCAUCCUGAAUAUCCGGGGCCUGACCCGCCAGGCGGAGCGUCAGGAGAUCCUGAACAUCGUCAAAGACAUCGAGAGCAGCGAGGCCGGUGGCUCGAUGCCGACCCGGGACCGUGGGCUGUUCUCUGAGGUGCCGGUCACAUCCGAGGUGCACUGUCUGAACCUCGGUCUGAGCCGGGUCGCCCUCAGCGCCUCGUCCUGCUUCACUGCGCUGAGGCCGCGGCCGCGCAAGACCAGGACGCCCGUCCAGGAGAACCCAGACGACGUCCUCUGAGACUCACGGAUCAAACACGAGUCUAAAGUCGGCACUGUGAGCCCGGAGGAGUGGAGACCCCAAAGCUUGAGUAGGGGAGGGGUCUCCAGACUGCAGGAGGCAGCAUAUAUUCGGUCAUUUGCACAAUUAGCAUAAGAAGCAUUUAUUAGCGCACGCAGACCAUAGCUAAAGCCGAAUUGGACGAUUUUGAAGUGUUUUUUCAGGAUCCAAAAAGGCAGUUUUAACCAGAAAGUUGUUUUUUUUGACAAAAAAUGUCAGAAAUUGACUCCGCAUCCUCAACAACGGCCUAGCCAUUUUUAAACUAUUGUCUGCAUACUGUAGGCUAUAAUGAUAAUUACCGCAACUUAUGCUAACUGUGCUAAUGUCUCAACGUAUGCAGGUUAGCACCCGGCAGUUUCUAUGAGCUGGAGACCCUACUCUACAUUUCUAUGAAAAUCUUUGGGGUCCUCAACACCUCCGGGUCCACAGCAGGACUCUCUGAGCUGCAGAAUGACUGCUUUGAACGCUUGUUUUCUGAAUGGAGUUCGGUUGAUCAGAGCUAUGCUAACAUCAGAGCUAUGCUAACAUCUGAGCCCUGCUAACAUCAGAGCUAUGCUAACAUCUGAGCUAUGCUAACAUCUGAGCAAUGCUAACAUCAGAGCCCUGCUAACAUCUGAGCUCUGCUAACAUCUGAGCUCUGCUAACGGUGUCUGACUUGCAAAUGUGCGUUUUUAAUGAGACUUUGAAAAGAAACGAGUGUCAACAGCACAGUAGUACGGAGGCCGACAGGAGCAACAGCCCGCACACCUCCUCCAGGAGCAACGAGCUGCAGAUUCAGAAACGAUGCAGAUAUAAAAAGUGCUGAAAACGUUUUUUGAUUUGAGCAUCAUAAAAACAAACAUACGAAACACAUUUACAGUUACAUACUUUGUGUCUUGAUAAAAACCAACACAGAAAUAAUUGACAAGAUUAAAACAAUAACAGCAGACAAAAAAAGAAUACAAGAAAACAUGCGUAGUUAUAAAUAAUAAGAAUUCAGGGAGAAAAGAAUAAACCAAUGAAUCAAUUUGUCAAGAUCCCAAGGUAGGGUGGUUUAGGGGACUCAGCCUUGAUCGUAUUGUACGGAGCGUUUACUGCACACUGCAUCGCAGGAAUCCAGCUCUUUAAAAGCGUCGGUUUCUGAAGCUGUAAGGUGAUUUUCUCCAUUAGGUAUAACUCCUAAACCUUCUGGAUCCAAUGCUUGUAUGUUGGAGGUUCAGGUUUUAACCAUCUGAACGUGAUGCACUUGACGGCUGCUGCUAAACGGAUUGGGAGGAGAUAUGCUUUCCCUCUGUACACCAAGGAGAGCUGCUGCAGGGUAACUUCUACUCCGCUUCUGAUUUAGGUUUCUCCAUUUUAGAGACUAAUCGUGGCACAUCCUUUUAAAUUUGAAUGUGGGAUGUUGCACACUUCUUCACACACACUGAUUGACCUGGUUUACUACGGCAGAAUGACCCAGAAAAUAACCUGGAUGCUCCGAGGACAUCCUCCGCUGUGUUUGGUUUCAGCAGCUUUUAGUAAACUGCUCAUGUUCCCUCUGCUGAAUGUUCUCUAGAUGCUGCAUGUGUUGAAGAGCUGCUGCAGAUGUUCCUGCAUGAGUUUCUAUAUCUGCAUCCGCUCUGAAGCUGUUGGCACCUGUCGGCCUCCGUACAUUAGGCUGGAGACAUGUGAUCACAGAGAAACACUUUUUGAUUGGGAUAAAAAAAUCAAUCAUCUUAAUUGAAACACAGCAAAUAUAUUAUGAAUCAGUAAAUGAUGUUAUAGGUUUAAAAAUGCACUUUUAUUGUUUGUUUUGGGACGGGAAAUGAUCUCUUUAGAUUUUUUAGACUUUGUCUACCUGCAGGACGAUAAAGGGACACCUGUGUGGACUGAAAUGCAUUGUGGGAAGAACCUCAGGUGACCCACGCUGCGUUUAGUCCGUGUGUUUUGUGUGGUCUCUGACCCUUCAGAUAAUCUUGUUUAAGCUGUUAUAUUAAAUUCAGUUUAUAAUCCACGGGGCGCAGGAACUGGACUUUUAUUAUUGCACAUGAUGAGAUAUAAAAGAUGUUUAAUCACAGGUACUAUCAGAGAGGAGUAUAUGACUAUAGCUGGAGCUGUGGGGUGAUGAGGGAAUAAUACGGACUACAUUAUAUCAAACAGCUCAGAUGAUUUUGAGAGGACAGGUGAGUUUAAGGUAUUACCUGGUUUUGUAAGUUUAAAGCUCAUCAACUACAAAUAAAAUCACAUUUCAUUUCUUGCAGACUAUUUUCUCAAACCUCCAUCUGUUGUUGUUGUUGUUUGUUUUUGUUGAUCAUUCGUCACCUCAGCUUUUAUUUUUGUUUGUGUAUUGAUGCAUAUUGGAAUAUCUCCGUGGUGCAUUCAAGGACAAAAAACAAACAAAGGACAUUUAAAUGAGGAAAUGUGUUUUAUUUUAUGUGAAAUCCCACAGACUGCACCAAGUGUAAAAUCAAACUCAUCAACAUUUCCGGUAUAAACUUUCAAAAUAAAAGGGUGUAGUGACACUCCCUGGCCACCAGAUGACAGUGAACGCAUCACUGUAUCUUUACAAAUGCGGAUUUAUGAAAUGAAUAUUUUCUGUACAGAAAUCUCAUUAAAUAACAAUAAAAACAGACCAUUCAGACUUUUA